AUGAUUUAAAAUAAGUAAGAAGGUGCUAUGAUUAAAGAAAUCUUAACUUUUUUACCAUAAAGUAUUGGAGUUACUUAAAUUAAGCAAUACUUAAUUAAUAAUGUGGAAAAUUAGUAUAUAAGAUUUAUAAAUUUUUUAGAUUCUAAGUUUCUUGCAAUUAUUAGUCUUCAUAGAGAAUUCCAAUAAAUUAAGCUUAUUAUUAUGAAGAAUUUUAGAAAAAAAUAAAAAAGUUUCCUUUAGAUUAAUUUAUAUGCGAUUCUUUAUUAGAAUCUCUUCAUCCAUUCUAUGAUAAAGAAGACACUUUUAUAGGAUUUCCUAAUCUAAUUCUUUAUGAGGAUGGAGAAUUUAAGGAUAGCUAAAAAUUAGAAGUAACACCAGAUAUUCUAAAUGUUUUAAUUUUUUGGGUAAAAAUUUAACAAAAUUUAGUCAAUGACAAAUUAGGAAAGUGUAUAAUUGAUGAAAGAUUUGAAUAUAUAAAUUCUUAAUGAUUUAAGAGAUACUAGAAUUCUCUCUAUCAAUAUAGAUUCAGAUUAAGAAGCUUGGUCAAAAUAUAUACUAGAAUUAGAAAUUUUUAAUUGUUAUCAUUUUAAUCCAAAACAUAUUGCUUUUGAUUUAUAAAUGAGAGCACUAUAAUUUACAAAAUUUCCUCAUGUAGUCAUUCUGGAUAAGGAAUAAAAGGUUUUUGUAGUUGAAAAUACUAACAUUGAAUAAAUCAAAAUAAUACUAUAAAAAAAAUCCAAUACCAAUAAUAAUGCAUAAAUUAUAGAUUAAAAAAUAUUUUAGACUGAAUAAUCUAUAGAACCAACUUUAAAAUAUUCUAAAGAAGAUUAUAAAUCCUUCAAGGAGAAAAUUCAAACAACAGUUAUGUAAAAUCUUAGUGCUUUUUUUUAAGAAAAAGAUAUUAUUGAACUAAGAUUGAUAUAGAAAAAAAAUUACUUUAAAGAUGGAUCCAAAAAAGUAAUAGAUAGAAGUAAAAUAUUGGUAAGUAUUGAAACAACUUCUUAAAAUUCAAUUAAUAAACUUGAAAAGGAGAUUGAAAAUUAUUUAUCUUAAAUAUUUGGAGAUUAAAAUUAUUUAAUUGUUAGAAAAGCCUUAAAAAUAUAAGAAGCCGAAGAGUAAAUUGUUAUUAGAGAAAUAUUAAAUGAUUUUGUUUCAUAAUAUGAAUUAUAAAUCAUUCCUUAUUAAUGGGAAGAACAUAUAAUAAAUUGGAAUCAUGAAAAAUUAUCAUUUGUUUGCGAUUCAAAUUAUUAGUAACGAGUGAGAUUUGAUCGAGAAUUAUCAUUAAAAGAAUAUUAAGAAGUAGUUAAUGGAUUAUCAUUAAUUAUUGAUUCAUAAGAAGAUGAUAAUUCAAAAAAAUAUAUAACUAAUUUGAUAGAUUAAUUACAAUCAAUUCAAACUUAAGGAGAUAAAUUUUUUCCUUUAGAUGGAUUUUAUGAUAAGGAAGAUAAAGAAAUAAUAAUUUAACAUUCUCCUAAUUAAAUGCUUGUUUUAUUUUGGUUAGUUCCAUGUGUAUUUAUUAUAAUAAAAAUGGAGACUUUUUAUAAGAAAUUAUAGGAAUAAUAUGGCGAAAAAUUAAGAUUUAUAUAUUUGGGAAUAGAAUAUAAUAAAGAAGAUAUUGAUUUAAUUUAUAAAUUUAAACCUAAUAGUGAAUUUUAUUAUUCAAAAGAGUAUCCUAAGCUAGCAAGAAAUAAAUAUGAAGUAAACUUUUUUCCUUUUUAUAUUAUUAUUGAUCAAAAUGGAAUAAUUAGAUAGAAAGGCUUAUUUCAUUAAUUAGAGAGUAAAAUUGCAUUUGAAUUCGCAACGCAUACUUUUAAGGAAUAAUUAUCUGAGAAAUCGAUUUAAUUUAAUUAAUUAUGGGAUUAUCUUUUAAAUUAAUAAAUAAUAACAGGAGAGUUAGGGAAUAAGUAAUUAUAAAAAUUUAUUAAAUUUAGGCAAAAAUUUUAAUAUUAAUUAACAGUUCAUAGUAAUUUAAACGAGUAACUUGUAGCAAAUUGUUUACAUACAGUGAGACAAAUAAAUUUAUUUUAGCUUAGAAGUUUUAAUUAAGCUCUUUAAUUUUAUAUUCCCAUAGAUAAAUUUUCUUUUGAACAACGAUUAAUUUAAGCUAUGGAUAUUCCAUACCCUGGAAUAAAAUGUAAUUUAUGUGGAUUAGGAUUAAAUAAAAAUCAUGCUUAAUAUUAUAACUAUUUCAAAAAUGAAUUUUACUGUUGUGAAUGUGCUGAGAAAAAAGAUUAAUUCAAUAUACACUAUUAGAUAAGAGAUAAUCUCGUUUUCAUUAAUACACCAAUAACUGAUAUCAAUGAAUUAAAAGAUAUAGAUGUGUAUAGAUUUGGAAAAAACAUUAAAUCACCUGAUAAAUAAAUAUCUUCUCAUCGCUAUUCGUGUAAUGGAUGUCAAAAGUUAAAUCCUUUUGGUCAGGAUAGAUAUAUAGUUCUAAAUGAUCAACGAGGUUGUUAUAACAAUGAAGGCUAUAGUGAUUAUUGUAUGGACUGCUUUGAGAAGAUUAAAAGCAAGGAGCCUGAGUGGAAAAAAUCUAAGAAGAUUAAUGAUAAUUUUGUAUUCCUUAGAAUUACAAGCAACUUUGGAUAUAAUAAUUUUUGAUAAUUUAUGGAUUUGUAAGAAGAG